AUGAGAAUGAUGAAACCAUUGGCUUUAUUCAUUCUCAUCUUGUGCACUAUCCAACCAAACAAUGCUGAAGAUCUAAUAGAAGAAACUUGCCAUAGGUCUCCUUAUUAUUUUUCCGAAUGUGUUAAUUACGUAAAAUCCUGUCCUCCACCUGGUCCAAAAAAUUCCAUUGAGGUAGCAAUAAGAUUGUUUGAUAUAAUGAGAGACAAAGCACUGACUACCUCAAUCAGAAUUGUUCAUCUUCUUGCAGCCCGUGUUGGCACUCCUGAAUAUCAAGCACUAGAGCUAUGUGCUACUUCAUACAAAGAAAUUGCAGUAGCUGAUUAUCGACUAAUCCGUGCAUCUUUACCCAGAGGAGAUCAUAAAGUUACAUAUGAUACUGCAAUUAACGUAUUAAAAAAAGUUGAGAAAUGUGAGGCGACUUUACGUGAGAAAUCUGGUGGUCGCACACCAACACUCCUCACUAAAGAGAACAAUGAGACGACAGUUGUAGUAGUCAUUGCAUCCUAUAUUGUCAAAUCAUUUCUGUAA